GCAGAUCAGAGAAGUCCGGAGCGGUUAACACGAUUUAAGGUCAAACUGUAUGUUUAAAACUGUAAGUUUAGAGCAAAAGCUGUGUAGAUCCAGUAUUCGGUAUUUUAUGAAGAUGUUGCAGUCCAAUCAUCGUUUUACAUAAUUAGCGUGUCUUGAUGUUUUAAUCACAAUGAAUCUGCGCAGCGAAGGCACUGAGGGGACACCCAUGAAUAAGGCAUUUACAGCACUUACUAGCAAGCACUCGGGACCUGUCGAUGCUCUGGAUACACAUUAAAUCUUGACCAAGUGGGGAAACAGCGGCUCCGUGUGAUUCAUAUUGUUCCACUUAAAACGAUGAGCAAAGGUGGUCCUCAAAACAGCGAUUAUUUUACUGGGGACCCAGUGGAUGACUUAGGAACAUUGAGCUGGUACCAUGGUAACCUGUCUCGCCAUGCGGCUGAAGCCCUCCUGCUGUCCAAUGGAAAGGAUGGGAGCUACCUCCUUCGAAACAGCCACAAGGGACCCAGCUUCCUUGCUCUUUCUGCCAGGGCGAAAGACUCAGUGAAGCACUUCCAGGUGCUGCGUAGGGGUCACUGCUACUCUUUUGGCUUCAACAUCUUCCCCUCUCUCCGAGACUUUGUGCAUCACUUUGCUAACGAGCCGCUGAUAGGAAGUGAGACAGGUGCCCUCAUGGUGCUGACGUGCCCAUAUCCUCGGGCUGUGGCAGAGCCCCCUAUCUAUGAGUCUGUGCGAGUGCACACAGCCAUGCAGACAGGACGCUCUGAAAAGGACAUGUUGACCACUGUCCCCUCGUUUGCGACCAAGGAGGGAUACCUGGUGAAGCAAGGUGCCAUAAUAAAGAACUGGAAAACGAGAUGGUUCACCUUAAACAGGAAUGAACUUAAAUAUUUCAAAGAUAAAAAAUCAGAAGAGCCGAUUCGAACCCUUGACUUAACAACAUGCUCUGCGGCUCAGUUUGACUACUCCAAAAAGAGGGUUAACUGCUUCUGUUUAGUAUUUCCUGAAAGGACAUUCUACCUGUGUGCCCAAACUGGCACAGAGGCUGACGAGUGGCUCACCUUACUCCAAUGGAAACUGUCACAGAUAAGGAAAUACCUACGACAAAAAGAAGUGGGAGAAGGACAUCAAAUGUGAAUGCGGACAGCUUGUACUGUGAGCUACACAAAGCUCCAAGAAUCUCUCUCAGCCAUGGCUCAGCAGUGCCUCAUGAGGAGAACUGCAUACAUCCCUUUCACCUGUAACAGCCAUUCCUCAGAAGAUUACUCAUGUCCAGUGUGAACUGCUUUGUUUCAAUACAA